CAAGAAUGUCUUCGCCAGCUCACCAGAAGCUUCAGUCAGCAGUAUGCUCCAAAAUUUAUAAAUGCAUAGAUGCAAUCCAGUGUUAUUUUGUUGAGAUUGCUUUGUUUUUCUUCUUCCUGGCUCGUCACAUGUCACUGCCGCUCUUUCAAGAGUUUGUUGAAUCCCAGAUUUAUAGCCAGCACGGAGUUCCGUUUCCAGGAUUUGGAAUCAAGAAAGAAAACACAAGCAUAUCUGACCCUGCAGUAGAUAAAGCUCACCAUGAAAGUGUUCUAGUGGUUCUUGGAUUACAGAUUGCUGAAGGUUUACCAGCCAUUGUGACUGUAAUUAUACUUGGGGCAGUAAGUGACAAAACUGGGAGACACAAAAUAUUGCUGUGGUUGCCCGCUCUAGGAAGCUGUGUACAUUCUUUGAUUUACAUUCUCAUUCUGUACACCCAGUGGAACAUUGAUGGGUUGUUUUUGGCUGCCGCCCUCAGAGGCCUGAGUGGAAGUAUGACAGCAUUUUUGGCUGGAUCUUCUUUUUAUGCCAUAAAUUAUGUCAAACCAGAGCACAGACUCAAUCGACUCGCAGUCCAGGAAUUUUUAAAUGGCGGAGCGUAUGCAGUCGGCAACAUAAUGGUUGGAUUUUGGGUCAAGGAUGCUGGCUUUCUGAAGCCUUUCUGGUUUACUUUGAUUUGUGGGAUGAUAUCACUAUUGAUAUCUUUUUUUCUCGUUCAAGAAACUCAAACAGUCCAGCAGGACACCCAAAGAUUUGUGGCGGUGCGAAGACAGCAGAAACCAACAAAUUGCUGCACUGACACAUUCGGACCACUCAUGAAGUACAUGAAAUGUUUUGGGAAUUCAACCUUGGCAAAGAUAUGGCUUGCCAUUCUUGUGUUUCAAGCAUAUGUUUUUGUCCACAUUGGACAAAUAAACACUCUUGUUCUAUAUUUGAGCCAACAAAAAUAUCUAUUUACUGAUGAUAAUGCAAUUACUGGAGGUGGGCCAUGGGCAAAGAUUGGUCUAUUCCUGGCGGUUAUAAUGGCUGUUGCAGCACUUGCAACUGUGCUUUGUGUGCCAAUAUUUCAGAAAUUCCUUUCAGACACAAAAAUAGUAUACUUAGGCUUUGCAUCUAAGGCUCUGGGAACUUUGUGGAUUGCUGUCAUCAGGAAUGAAACUAUACUCUAUUUUGGUAAUGGAAUUCUUAUAAUCAGUAUAAUGUAUAUGUGCUUUUGUUAAAACAUUUUUUUAUUAUUAUUGCAUUUUAAUUAUUUUUUUAAAACUAAAUUUAAAUAAUUUCCUCUUUUAAUUAUAAACAUUAGGAAUAAAUUGUAGCAGUAAUAUUUAUUACAUUUUGAAUGAAAACAUGGUCAAUAUAAAUCUCUUCAUUUUUGUCAGCUAUUUUGCUUCUUGCCUUUGAAUUGUUUCCAUUCCCAAUUCUGCGAGCUAAAGUUGCAAGAAAUGUUAGUCCCUCGGAACAAGGUAAGUACCUCUCAAAGUAAAAUGAAUAAUUUAAUUAUAGGAUACCAAGAUGGAUUUUAAGGACAACUUCUUUCUACAUUGUUUAUAAAGUAGCAUGAUUCUUAAUGUCUUGAAGAAGAUUUUUAUAAGACAUAUUUUUUUGAAAAGCUCAUUGUAAAAAAAAUAAUAAUAAAAAUUAUUAUUUGAAACUAUUUCAACACAAUGGACAAUUCUAAUCUGAUUUUUGCAGCUGUAUAGUAACAUUAGAUAAACAAAAUUUUGUAAAACAGUGUCUUUUUACUAGUUAGUAAUAGUGAAAUGACAACUUCUAUAGUUCAAUUUUUAAAACAUUAUUAUUUUUAGGAACUGUGUUCGCUAUGAUGCACUGUGGAGAGAGCAUCACCUAUUUCCUAGCCCCGUUCGUGUUUUCAGUCAUAUAUGCAUCCACAAUGUCCUUGUACAGUGGAUUUGUCUUCAUCGUAUCCAUGAUAUUUUUGACAAUACCAGUCAUACUUCUGAUGUAAGUAUAUUGUGCUUCAUUUACUUUAUAAUUUCAGCCACAGUGAGUCAGACCUUGCCAUCAGUCGUUUAAUUUUGUAUUUAUAUUGACACCUAUGCUGAAUGAUUUUUACAUUUUUUAUAGAUAUAUUCAAUUAUUAUUACUAUUUUGCAUUACAUUAUAUUUUUGGAUUGUAUAUUUUUCCUCAACUGAAUCUGAAGUAGCUGUAAAAUUGAUAACUAUUUGUUGUAUUAUAAUUCAUUUUUUUUUCCAAACUUCCCAUAUGAUAAUGUUUAGAUCUAAAUAUAUUAUUUAUAAUAAAAAUAAAUAAAGAUUUGGGAUGAUUGGAGAUGACAUUGAAUUUAAAUUUUUUUAAGCAGUUAAAAACCUAGCUAAACCUCUACAAUAACUCUGAUAUUUCUUCUACAGUGUUUUACAGUUUGUGGAGUCAAAAUGUCCCAAUGGUUACCAACAAAUGGAAGGAGAAGGUGAACCAGCUGAACAAGUCUCUAGUCACCCAAUUAAUGAAACAGAAGCUCAGUCAGAGUCUAUCCUAACAGAGGAACCAAUCAGCUUUAUUCAUCUUUCAAGUGGAUCUUUAGUUGAAGCCUAGCCAUAAAACAUGAUAUUUAAUGCACUAUGUUUUUUUAAUCAUUGUUUUCACAAUGCUAACAUAUUUUUUUCAAAUUGCAUUUAUGUCAUCUGUCAUAUUUUAAAGUCCCUACUGAAAUUUAAUAA